UUUACAAAAAAAAUCACAGAAAACCUAUAAAAAAAUAAUCAAAGAAAUUGACCAUGGAAAAGAAACGCACAACAACAACCCACUUUUGCAGCUUUUAGCAUCAUCGUGUCUUCACCAACACACGCGCACUUCCGUUCGCUCUUAUACUUUAUCCUUAAAAUCCUCAGAUUCUUUACUAUUUUGAAUUUUCUUGCUUUUUUUGUUUGUUUCUUGCUCAUAAUAAUCUUCACGCAAAAGCAAACAACAGUAAUGAUGAAGUAGCUCUCCUUUGCCUUCUCUUCUUCUUUCCUAUUGGGUUACAUUCUCUUGGCGAAGAAAACCAUGCUUCAAAGAUUAUUCUUCCUUCUCAUUCUUUUUCUGAUUCAAUCUUCUUUCCUUUUUGAGAUUUCCUCUGCUCUCAAGGAAGGAAAGACAUGUAUUCUAAACAAGAACUGCGACGCUGGACUACACUGUGAAACAUGUCUAGCUAACAACAAUUUGAGGCCGAGAUGCUCUCGAAUUCAACCCAUCAACCCCAUCUCAAAGGUAAAGGGCUUGCCUUUCAACAAGUACUCAUGGUUAACAACUCACAACUCGUUUGCUCGACUGGGGGAAGUAUCAAAGACCGGUUCUGUGAUCUUGGCUCCUACUAAUCAGCAAGACUCGGUCACAAGCCAACUUAUUAACGGUGUAAGAGGGUUUAUGCUCGACAUGUACGACUUUGAAAACGAUGUCUGGCUUUGUCAUUCUUUCGAUGGGACGUGUUUUAAUUUCACAGCUUUCCAACCAGCGGUUAACGUUCUAAGGGAGAUUCAAGUGUUUCUAGAGAAUAACAAGGACGAAGUUGUAACGAUUAUUAUAGAAGAUUAUGUGAAAUCUCCCAAGGGUCUCACAAAAGUGUUUGACACGGCAGGGUUACGAAAGUUCAUGUUUCCGGUUAGUAGAAUGCCCAAAAAUGGAGGAGACUGGCCAACCCUUGACGACAUGAUACGCCAAAACCAAAGGUUACUAGUUUUCACAUCUGAUAGAAGUAAAGAAGCAACCGAAGGAAUUGCAUAUCAGUGGACGUAUAUGGUUGAGAAUCAAUAUGGAGACGGAGGGUUGAAAGCAGGAGUGUGUCCAAACAGAGCUCAAUCAGCACCGAUGAGCGAUAAAUCAAAAUCUCUUGUUCUUGCUAACCAUUUUCCCGAUGCGCCGGAUUUUGUAGUAGCAUGUAAACAAAACUCUGCUCCUCUUCUUGAAUCCAUCAAGGCAUGUUACCAAGCCGCAGGACAAAGAUGGCCUAACUUCAUAGCAGUCGAUUUCUACAAGAGAAGUGAUGGUGGAGGAGCUCCGCAAGCUGUUGAUGUUGCGAAUGGCAAUUUGAUAUGUGGCUGCGAUAAUUUUGCUGCGUGCAAGGUCUCGGCCUUACUCCACAGUCUUCUUCUUGGGAAGACACAACUCACUCUCUCCUGUCUCAGACCGGGAACAAGCAGAAGAUUUACCUCUCCACCCUCGCUUGGCAAGCUACGAUCUACGAACUCUGGUGGGAACGCAACAAUCGCCUCCAUCGCCGAAUUUAUCACUCUCAGGAUCGGAUCAUCAAGCGGAUAGCCAUCAUCAUCAGAAACCGCAUCUCAUCCCUUCGACCACACCGCAGCGCUCUCGCCAGUGAUCUGAGUCAACUAUGGUUCACCUUGUUCCCAUCGUGAUCACCCCCCCCCCUCUGUUUUAUUUCCUUUUUUCUUCUUCUCUGCUUAGGGUUUUCUCGUUUUUCAUUUUCCUCUUUUGUUCUCGUCUCUUUUCAUUUGCUAGACUAAGGAGGCUUGGGCUUCUUUCUUUUUUCUUUUUUCCUUUUGGGCUUUCAUUAUUAAGGGCAAUUAGGUUCUAAUGAGUUUCUGGAUGGGUUGUAUUAAAGUGGGCUUCUGGCUGCUUUUGCUACUUUUUCUCUUUUAAUUUAUAUGCAAAAU